ACGGCCAUCGUCGAAAGCGAAAAGGCCAGCUUUGGAGAUAGAAUUUGCCACCUCACUUUCUUGCCAAAUUUCCUCGUUCGUUUUAUCCCCUUUGCUUUGGACUUUCCGAAAUGGUGAAAUCUACAAAUACAAAAAAAAUUACUCUCUUUCACGAUCAGCACGUUCAAUUCUAAAGAUCCGAGACCUUGUUAAAAACCACGUCUCAAUGAGAACCCCGUUUUCCUUCUCCUCUUUCUCUCUCUAUACCUCCCACUUCCCCCUCUUCUUCUGCUUCCAUGGCUGCCCAUUUUGCCAUCUCGCUGCACAACCCGCUUCACUUGCCGAGAUCAUUUCGUGCGGAACUUAAGGCUGCUGCACCUGAUUUACCAAAACUAGGUGGGGAAAAGCUCGGGAAUCCCACCUGUGUUCCAAGAAGCAGAUUACCUGGUGUCUUUUCUUCUGGUGUUUCGGUGAAAGCAUUGUCAUCUGUGGCUUCAUCGUCUUCUUAUUCUGAAGAGACUGAUCAUGAGAAAGGUGCUUCUGUCCCUAAAACUGAGGAUGGUAAAGUCGAGUUCAAUCGUGUGAAUUGUCUUCUAUGGGUGUUGCACGAGUCCGCCUCAAGCUUUUCCCAUGAGGUCGAGUCACUUGGACUGGCAGGAAGUGUCCCUGAACUUGCACAGGCUUGGAAUGGGAAGGACGUGCAUGCAUGGCACAAACGUAUUGCUUAUCAUGUAGCUGUAUAUGCUUUGUUCCGAACGGUAAUCGACAUGGAGAUUUUACUUUCUCAUGAUCGUCACAACAAUGCAUCUCCAGUCAAAGAAAUCUUGACCCCGAAAAUGAACAUUGUGGGAGACUACAUAGAGAGUCAACUGGGUGCAAAGCAUUCAGAGCUGGUAGAAUGGUUUAGAGUGGUGGAGCUGCCACGUGUAACAGGGUUUUUCUCCCCCUUCCUGAAGAAGUGGUCUAUGGAGUAUGCUGGAAGUGGUGUUGCAGGGAUUGUUUUAGCUAUUAGUAGCUGUGCUGCUGUAGGGAAACUGGGCUCUGCAAGAAUUUCUUCGCCACUGCUUCUUUGUUCAAGUGAGGAUGUCUUAGUUGAGCUCAUGGAUCUUUCACAUAGCCUUGUAGAAGUAGAGAAACUGCAUCACUUAGCAAUCGAGGCAGGUUUUGAGCGCAACUUCCUGUCCCAUUUUGGUUCGAAGAUUUUGCCUUGCAACAAAACUGAGGAGCUAGAGUUUUGGAUUGGGUUGGCCCAGCAAAAGCUCUCAGUGGCAUUCUGCGAGGAAGUUAUCAUGAAACCCACAGCUAACUCUUCAUCAAAGGUCAAUGCAGAUACUUUGGCCACUCUUGGACUUUUUGCAUAUCUGGGAAAGAAGACUAGACUGUUCCUUGCAAAAAUGGGAAUCAAGGAUCUCGAUGAGCUGCUCAAGGAUCUCCUCAGUUACCUGGAGUGUGGUAGCCUUUUCAUUUACCCAGAUCUCGCCCAUGUAUCAUGUUACCAAUGUUUCAUAGAGGUAGUGACUGAUGAAAUUGGAUGGCUUGAUUUCUAUGCUGCGUCUGGUUCUUUGAGUAGUCAAGAAAGGAAAAGAUCUAAACAGCAUGCAGUUCAAGCAGAGCAAGAGAUCAUUCUAUCAACUGUUUUCACAAUUUGUUACGACGUUUUCUCCGGCUUUGCUCAUUUUAGCAGGUCAACCCAAAAGCCUUUAGAUGCAGAACUGUUGGAAUUCUUGUUCCGGAGUCAAAGUCUCUUGGCUGUUUUUCUGGAAGACUACCGAGCAGCUUAUGGUAGAUUUAGUGAAUCGAUGAAGAUCAUUGAACUGGGUGGCUCUGACCAUGUGCAGAAGCCUAUAGACGUAAAGAUCUCAGACAUCCCAUCUAGGGAGCUGAAAGAUAAGUCUGCUGCUGUUUCUGACCUGAGAAAGGUCAGAAGUAGUGAUGGAACAACAAAGGAAACAAUUGCUGAGACAUCAUCGAGCACCAAAACAAAGACGACUUCUCCAGAUAUGAACAUACUCGGGAAAUAUAGACAUAAACUGAUGUCUAAAACCGCUGACGUAUGGAUGGGAACACAGUUGCUAAUAGACGACAUCAUGGAUGCUUUGGAGCUACUCAUGAAGCAGUUGCGUGGGCAGAAAGUUUCGAAGAGGGAAAAGAGGAAACUGAAGAGAACACUCCGAGACCUAGCUUCCCUCGUGCCCAUCACAAUUCUAAUGUUACUACCUGUCUCAGCCAUAGGCCAUGCAGCGAUGCUAACAGCGAUCCAGAGAUACGUGCCAUCCCUGAUCCCUUCUCCUUACUCGUCGGACCGGCUAGACAUGGUGAAACAGCUGAGAAGAACGAAGAAGCUGGAAGUUCAGUCGUGGGGGAUCCUGGAAGAUCUUACCCCACCUGGAAUUAACAUCGAGAAUUCGUCGUGUAAAAGACCAUAAUAAUCUUUUACAGCUGCUAUUGUUGUUGUACGUUUAUUUUUCAGCUUCAUAGAGUGAUAAAUAGAGGGAAGAAGUUACUCUUAGGAAUACUUGGUCUCGUGCAUUCAGAAGAGUUUUGUACAUAUGAUGAAAAGUGUAUAAGUUGGCUGUGGGAACUGAGAGGGGCAAUAAUGUAGUUGUAAGUUCACUGUGAAUACUCAGAUUGUAAGUUCAUUUCAUUCCAUUUUAGCUCCUGGACUCUGCAAAUCUUAACUUUUCUGGUCUCGUUUGAUAUGGGAAUUGGGAUUCCCCAAAUUUAUAAACGUUGGGUACCUAAAUGCGAUAAUUCAAGUUAUAGUAGCCAUUUGAUAUGAACGGUGUAAGAUUAGUGACUAAGAGUGAAAUAAACCCCACCCAUUUUCUUAACUGUUUCAGUGAAAACCCCGCCGCCGUUUCCACAUUUUUUUUUUGGCACUCGUGGUGAGCGUUCUACUAGCUCGCUGCCGUUCGCUUCCAGAAAUCAAGUCGGAGAAAUUGCCGGAGGACGUCUCUGAUUUCAGGCUGCCGCUUUUAAACUUCUCUCCGCCGACCGCUUUUAUCAGCUUCCCUGCCCCAUCCACUGCUCCGUUGCUCGUUGUUCAUCCCUCCAGAAAUUCAUUUGUAGAUGAGUACAGGUUCUUCUUUUUCCUUCUCCCUGCCUUAUUCGAUUCCCCAUUGAUGUUAGCCUUGGCUUGUGGUAAUAUCCAAUUUGGGAUUCUUCCUUCCACAGUGUCGAUUAACUUGGGGGCUUCAGCUAGAGUAUUGGUGAAAUUAAGUUGAUAGAAUUUGAAGGAAACACCAAAGCGCCCAGGGACUGAAAUUAUGAAUCCAGUGUUCUCGCCCCCAUUGCAAGUUCUGCAUUAGAAUGUGUAUUGCCUCUAAAUUAAGUUGGUCUUAGCUCCAAUAAUGUCUGAUUGCUGGCUGGUUGUGUAUCGAGUAAGGAAUGGAGGGAGGGUUCAUUGAAAUCAUCUUGUAGGAGUUGACACUUGAGUUGUUGUGCACUCGUUGGAGUUAGUACUCAUGUCGCUCUUAUCUUGUAUUGUCUUUACCAUCCUUAUGAUGAAAAUGAAGGAGCCAAGUAGUCCCUGAAAAUCUGUUCUCUUGGUACAUGAACAAGGGGUUUCAGACUCAUGAAAGACCUUUGCUUUGCUGCCAUUCGAUCCACUGAAAUGUUGCAUUGUAGGGUACUUUAGUUUAGUUUUCUGAGUAAGGAAAUAACAGUUGGUUACAGGUGGGGCAUUUGGUGGGAAUAGAGGAGCGAGACCAGUGCCCCCAGAGAAAGGAGUCUUCCCUCUGGACCAUUUGCACGAAUGCGACCUGGUACUUCCUCAUUUUCAAUUGUCUUGACGUUUUUGGAUAUGUUAGGGUAGACAUUGUUGUUAUAACUAUGAGCUUCUGCUCAAGGGAAAAAUCUGACUGGUCUUCGUUUGUUUCAGGAAAAGAAAGACUACCUCAACUGUCUGAAAUCUGGUGGUCACCUAUCAGAAAAAUGUAGGCAGUUCUCGAAGAAGUACCUGGAAUGUCGAAUGGAAAAGUGAGUGACAUUUCUAUACCCGUCAUCUGGUACUUGCUCCCUAGACUUGUAUGAUGGUGAUAUAAUGGAAUCAGGGAAGAUUAGAUCUCUUAGAUAUGACUACCCGUCCCCAGUAGUUUCCUGAAAGCUCAUAGCUGAUAGGAAGUUAUGAUCUUUCCACAGUGAGGUUUGAAAAUGUGACGCUGGCCAAGAGUAACUAUUUUUAUCUUUUUUUUUUUUUUUUUUAGAAAAGUAUAAGCUGCUUGUCUCUAGGAAUUUGUUAUGAAUGGAAAGCAUAUACGGCCACUAAGUUGGUUUCUCUUCGCUUACCAUCCCUAGUAGUUCCGUAACUGGAUGGAGCCUUCCAGCUAUGUCUGCCCUCAGAUAUCAAUCAUGUUUCAUGUUUUGGUAGCACAUAGUGAAGGAUCGCAGAAAUGUGAUCCAUUCCUCAAUUCCGUUUCAUUUGAUUGCAUCAUCCUGUUUAUUAGCUUGCAUUAUCCAGUACAUUGCUCAUGCGGACUUUUAUUCUUCUUUUGAUUGCUGUAUACGCAGGAAUUUGAUGGCCAAGCAGGAUAUGUCCGAACUUGGGUUUGCAGAAAAAUCUGUGGAGUCGCAAGCAAAAGACAGCAGCAAGAAUGGCAAGUGAUCCCAAGUGUCUUUGCAACCUUUCUUGCAUCACUGAAUUUGAUGAAGUACAUGAGAUUGAAACUAGGGUCUCAUAGAUUUUUUCUUUUUAUAUUCUGUACAAUCGUUCUUUGAUGGCCAGAUUUUGAGAAACCAAGGGAUUCAAGAGCUGUAGACAUGCAAGCUUGUGUGAGAUGGAUGCCUCAUCGGCUAAUAAAAUUGGUGGGAAUAAAUUGGAUAUUUGUCA